AUGGUGAAAUCAGGAGCAGUUUCUUAUGUCGUCCUCUUUCUUGUCGUUGUCAGCGGCACAAUGACACCCACAGCCUCAUCAUUCGACCUCUUCCCUAACAUCUUCAAGUGCUGGAAGGCCAUUGUAGAGGUCGAAAGUUGUGCUGUGAAGCUUAUUCCUUCUUUCCUUAGCUUGCAUAUAAGGCUCACUCAAGAAUGUUGCAAGGCUUUCGUCCACAUUGAAGAGAGCUGCCUUCCUAUUGUGUUCCCCAACCCUGUGUUUGGCCCCGUGCUGGCAAACAUUACCUCCACCAUUUGCGGCGCACUCGCCGAUCCCCCAUCGCCACCGGCGAUGGCUUAA